GUCACAACACAAGAAUGGCACCCAACGAUGCACUCAAGCACAUGUGGGAGACUGGUGACUGGAGCGACCUCACCAUCAUCGCAGGGGGCAGGCAUUUCAAAGUACACAAAAGCGUUGUGUGCCACGGAAGUCCUGUCAUCAAAGCGGCAUGCAGUCGCGACUGGGAGGAAGCUCGCACCGGUAUCAUCAACUUGCCUGAGAGUGCGAGCGUCAUCGAGGAACUUCUCGCAACCCUGUAUGAUGUCUCUAGCCCAUAUAUGGAAAGGGAGUCUGGAAUUAUGGAUGCGUACGAGAACCUAAGCUUUAGAAUUGCGGCCGAUAAGUACCACGUUGGAAGGCUCCUGGUCCGCACAGAAUCCGAUUUUAUCGAGUCAAUUCGUGACGGGGCCUGGUCUGAAAACACGAUGCUGCUCAUCGACCUUGGCAUCCAGAUCUAUGACCUCGAUUGCUCGGCCGUGACUUUUCAGCAAAGCCUUAUAGCGCUUCUCUGGGCAACUACAUUGAAUCUCAAAUAUGUGCUGUUGGAGCAGGCGGCGUGGAACAAGUUGGUGGCAUGCACCCUAUAUCAUCACGAUCUGAUGCGAUUCAUGAGCACAUGUGCUGGGAAUUUGGAGGAUAAGGAAAAGAUGGGUAAUUUCCGGUGCGGUCGAAGCGCAAAGAAAAUCGCUCCCAUUGUCGAUGAGGACUCAGAAUAAGAUCUGCAGUGGACAAGCAGACACAGGCGAAAGAGAACGAAAUUUCUAACUACGAUGCCUACGAGAGCACUCCAAAGGGUCUGCAGAUUUGAUCUAAUGAAAGGAGUUCAUAAAAGAGAGGUUGAAUAUAUUCUCGCAAUUUUGUAGCUCCUGUAACUAUUGGAGACAAAAAGAC